AUGAAAGUUGUUGCAGUCGCUGGGGGAACUGGAAGCGUGGGUAGCACCAUCGUUGAUGGUCUCGUAGAGUAUGGGAAGCAUAAAGUGUAUGCUUUGUCCAGAAGAGAACGACCGCCUCAGGGCGCUGUGAAUUACCUCAAAGUGGAUUAUAAUGAUCCCCAUGCUAUCACGAAAGCCCUAGAGGCUGCAGGAGUCAACAUUCUCAUUUGCGCUAUUAGUGUCGUAUCACCAGAGGCAAACCAGGCACAGAAGAAUCUAAUCCAGGCCGCUGAACGGUCUUCAACAACCGAGCGCUUCGUCAUUAGUAGUUUCGAUAUGCUACAUGUUAAAGAGGAUAUCGAACUCUCACCAUUGACCAGAUACACCUUUGAGGCGAUAAAUGAGCUGGAAAAGACCAACCUCAUCUAUACACGCAUCGCUAAUGGGUGGUUUCUUGACUACUACGGGAUGCCUCACUGGAAGUGUAAUCUCGAGCCAUGGAUCAACAUCAUCAACAUGAAAAGCAAAUGGGCCAUCAUUCCAGCUGAUGGAAAUAUCCAGGCCAGCUUCCUCACAUCUCAGGAUAUGUCUCGAUUAGUUGCGCGCCUGAUGGAUCUUGAGAAGUGGGAUGCCAUCAGCGCCAUUCAGGCCAACACCUUGACAUUCAACGAAUUGGUAGCGGCUGCGGAGAAGGCCAGAGGCGCCAAAUUUGAUGUUGCGGUUGAUAGCCUGGAGAAGUUGAAGUCUGGUAAGAUUUCAUUCUUUCCUGAUUAUCCUUCGAUUGGCCACGGUGAAGGCGAUGAGGCAUUCUUCGCUAUGAUUCAUUAUCAAGCUGGCAUUGGCCGGUAUCUCGUGCCUCGAGAUCUCCCCCCGCUGGACGACAAGUUUCCGGACUUGAAGGUUACAACGCCUUUGGAGGUCAUGGAGAGUGCCUGGAAAGGGAAAUGA